AUGUCUUUUUCUUCGAGGCUCAGUUCUUUGCUACUGACACGCAAAGAUCAUGCCCGAUUUCUUCAAAAUCGAGUAUGGUUACAAGGUAUUUUAGAGGAUUUUUCACUGGAAGGUGUUCUUGAUAUUCCACGCGUAGGUACAACUCCUUGUGUAAUGAUUUAUGGAUCAAGUGUGGCCGGUACUGCAUUUCAAGACGGCGAUGCUGAUUAUGCUAUUGUUUUCCCUUCAAAGACAUCUAUUAAUGAUUUUUCAAAAUUAGAAAAGUUAACAUUAUCGCCAUCUAAUUUUCUUGAGAUUAGGCGUGAAUAUCAUCAAAGGGUUUUGUCUUCUAUUUUACAACAUAUCGUGAAACGUGAUCUCUCUGUUGAUUUAAAGCAUGAACAAAUAUUUACCGCUCGUAUCCCCAUUAUUCGUCUAAAGAAAAUAAAAAAAUCUGAAUCUGAAGAUAUUCGCUUUGAUAUUUCUCUCUCAUUAGAUGGCCUUAGGAACUCAUUAUUGCUUCGAUUAUACAUGGAAUCUGAUCCGCGUCUUAGGGCGGGUGUUUUGUGUGCAAAGAAGUGGGGUCGUUCUAAAGGGAUUCUUGAUGCUCGACGAGGAUGGAUUUCCCCUUACGCGUUAACUGUUAUGUAUAUAUUUUACAUGCAGACUACUAAAAGAACAGUUUCUGUAAUAAAUGAAACUGAUGUUGACAGUAAACUUUUUCCUAUUGCGACACAACUCUCAGAUACAACUGGUACUUGUUGCUCAGAGUUUAUUGAUGUCCUUCCUUGUAGAGAUGCGAAGGUAUCUGAUGUGUUAGAAGAUCUACGAGGAUUUUUUAGUUUUUUUGGUGAUUGCACUAAAUUUGAUUUUGAUAUUGAUGUUGUUGAUAUUAGGACAAAAGAUAAGUGGUUAUCAAAGGAAAAAUGGCUUGAGGAGAUGAAAAAGUUUUCAGAGAAAGAGAGAUGGGAGCUUUUGGGUUACGAGACAAUCAUGGUGCGUGAUCCCUUUGAGUCGCACAAUCUUGGACGAAGUGUAGAUUUUUUCCGAGCUGAAGACAUUCGAGAGGCAUUCCGCUUGGCAUCACAGAAUAAUUGCGAAGAAUUGGUGAAUUUGUGA